AUAAAGCCCAAACUCGCGGGAAAAGGCCACUUGUAAACAAACAUGGCAACGGUGCAGGCCAAGGAGACGCCAACCCUCGAUGGGGCCAAUGAGCAGGGCUUCCUCUCCUACUUCAGGAACCUGCCAGAGAAACCCAACACAACAGUCCGGGUGUUUGACCGUGGGGAGUACUACACCGUGCAUGGCCAGGAUGCUUUGCUGGCUGCCCGGGAGCUGUUCCGCACCCAUGCCGUGGUGAAGAUGCUGGGCGGAGGCAGCAACAAGGUGGAGUCAGUGGUGCUGAGUCGCCUGAACUUUGAGUCAUUUAUGCGCGACCUCCUGCUGGUCAAACACUACCGGGUGGAGGUGUACAAGUCCAGGUCCUCCACCAAGAAUGACUGGGAGCUGGACUAUCGGGCGUCCCCGGGCAACCUGUCCCAGUUGGAGGAGGUGUUGUUUGGUGCCAACAGCGACUGCACCGUUACCACUGGUGUCAUGGCCGUCAAGGUGGCGCCUGAUGGAAACCAGAAGGUGGUGGGCAUUGGGUACGUGGAUGUGGCCACACAGGAGGUUCGCCUGGCAGAGUUCAAUGACACGGAGGCCUUCAGUAACCUUGAGGCCCUGGUGGUGCAGCUAUCCCCCAGGGAGUGUCUGUUGCCUGCCGGGGACCAGGGACCGACAGCAGCAAGGCUCAAGCAGGUCAUGUCCCGCAAUCCCCUGCUGGUGACAGAGAGGAAGCGCGCCGAGUUCAACAACAAGGAUUUGGAGCAGGAUUUGGGGCGGCUGCUGAGGAAGAAGAAGGGGGGAGCGUCUGCCUCCCUCGCACACCCUGAGCUGGGCGGGCCACAUGCCUCGGCAGCCCUGGCAGCUGUUAUUAAGUACUUGGAGCUGUUGAAUGAUGAGUCCAACUUCAAGCAAUUCACCCUGGCCCCUUAUGACCUGAGUCACUUCAUGCGCCUGGAUGCCGCGGCAGUACGGGCCCUGCACGUGGAGCCUGUGGAGGGGGGCCGGGAGGGGGCUGGUGUGCCGGCAGCCAAGACACACUCCCUCCUUGGCCUCCUGGACAAGUGCCGCACCUCCCUUGGCCAUCGCCUCAUGCUGCAGUGGCUCCGGCAGCCCCUGGUGGACAUCAACAAGAUUGAGGAACGGCUUGAUCUGGUUGAGGCGAUGGUGUCUUCAGUACAGCUGCGGCACAGUCUGGGGGAGGACCACCUCAAGCAGAUUCCCGACCUCAGCCGCCUCUGUCGCAAGCUGACACGCAAGGAAGCCUCCCUCCAGGACUGCUACAGAUUCUACCGGUGUGUGGAGCGGUUGCCAGACCUGUGUCAGGCCGUAGCACACUAUGAUGGGGCACACACCUCCUCCCUCGCUGCUGUCUUCACCACCCCACUGCAGGAGCUGAUAUCAGACCUGGCCAAGUUCCAGGAGAUGAUAGAGACCACCAUGGACUUUGAGAUUGCCAACAAGGGCGAGUACGUCAUCAAGGCCGACUUUGACAAUAGCCUGACAGAGCUUCGUGAGACAAUGGACAACCUGGAGGAGCAGAUUCAAGGCCAGCUGAGGAGGGUGUCCAGUGACCUGUGUCUGGAUUCUGGGAAGAGUCUCAAGCUGGAGGCAAACUCACAGCUCGGCCACUUCUUCCGCAUCACACUCAAGGAGGAAAAGGUCCUUCGCAACAACAGGAACUACACCAUCAUCGACACCAACAAGACUGGCGUGAGGUUCAGGAACGGGGCGCUGCAGGACCUCAACGAACAGCACCUUGCAGCCAAGGAAGAGUACGCAGAGCAGCAGAAGACCCUGGUGGAGGAGAUUAUUGGCAUUGCUGCUGGGUAUGUGGAGGUGAUACAGAAGCUGGGACAGGUGCUGGCCGUUCUAGACUGCAUCCACGCACUUGCCUCCGCCGCUGUGAGUGCCCCGGUGCCCUAUGUGCGGCCCCGCCUGCUGCCAAAGGGCUCGGGGGUGCUGCGGCUGGAGGGCAUGAGGCACCCCUGUCUAGAGCUGCAGGAUGAGGUCUCCUUCAUACCCAACAACUGCUGCCUCGAGGAUGAGUCUGGCCGUUUCCACAUCAUCACGGGGCCAAACAUGGGCGGCAAGAGUACCUUCCUGAGGUCGGCGGGUGUGGCCGUGCUGAUGGCCCAGGUUGGCUCCUUUGUGGCCUGCGAGAAGGCUGAGGUGUCCAUCGUCGACUCUAUCCUGGCUCGUGUGGGUGCCGGGGACAACCAGCAGAGGGGAGUGUCCACCUUCAUGGCUGAGAUGCUCGAGACAUCCACCAUUCUGAGGUCUGCCACAGAGAACUCCUUAAUUCUUAUCGAUGAGCUGGGCCGAGGAACCUCCACCUACGAUGGCUUUGGUCUUGCCUGGGCCUUGUCUGAACACAUCGCCAAGGAGAUCAGGUCCUUCACGCUGUUCGCCACACACUUCCACGAGGUGACGGCUCUGGCCAAGGAGGUGGACAGUGUCAGGAACUUCCACGUCACCGCCACCACUGCUCACGGCACACUCACCCUCCUCUACUUGGUUCGUCCCGGCCCCUGUGACCGCAGCUUUGGUAUCCAUGUGGCUGAGCUUGCCAACUUCCCAGCCACGGCAAUAGAGUUUGCCAAGAAGAAAGCCAGUGAGAUGGAAGAUGACUUUGGGGAUGUUGAAGAUGAUUCCGAGGAAGCUGUGAAAAAGAGGAAGCUUCAGAAGGAGGAGGGAGAGAAGGUGAUUGAGGACUUUCUGAGCAAGAUUAGCAAACUGGACUGUGAUGCCCUGAGUGAGGAGGAGCUGGAGAGGGAGGUGAAGAAGCUCAGGGAGGAGGCCCGCUCACACAACAACCCCUACAUCGCCCACCUGCUGCCCAGGGAGACCUAACCCCCCUAGACUACCAAGACAUACAGGAUAAAGGAAGAGCAGUGUAGGGCAGACCAGACUAAGACAGGCUAGGUGCGGAUGAUGAAGCAAGUCGGCACAAAGCCAGUUCGGGCAAAUGUAAGGAAAGAAAGGACCAAGGUAGCUAGUGCUUGACAACAGGGGUAAUUUAGGAAAAAAAUUAUAUGCUUCUGUUAUCACUGCAAAGGUAGAUGAGUUCAAAGAAGAAAAUAAGGCAGGUAAAUUAGGAAAGAAUAUGUGGAUCAGUUACCAGUUCAAGUGUAGAUAAGUGGAAACCAAGAUGAGACUGUGGCAGAUAGGUUAUGAUCAGGGCAAGCUAAAUAAGGAGACAACACAUGACUCAGUUACCAGUACAAAGAUAAGGCAGAUAAAUGUAACCACAGUGAGGUAGACAAGAGUGAUGGUUUUGUUACUAUUAGUCUGGCCUGCCCUCCAGAUAUCAGAAGACUACAUUCCUAUUAUUUUAGUGACUCCAUCAUUAAUCAACUGGAUCCUACUUGGUGACAAUGGCUGAUGAAAUUUGGCUAAGGAACUCUGUAUACUGCAAGACUUUUAUAGUUAUGCAUACAAGAGGUCAAGCAGAAUGUAGAGCAGCUAUCUGGAGACUGAGGCCAGCACAGCACAGCCACUUGUGUUUCGUAUAUCUGUUUUACCAAAUGUUUUUGUGGUUCUGGCAUCAACCAUGGCGCCACACUGCAGGACCUGUGAGUGGUGGGCUCCAUUUGUUAACCACUCCAUCAGGGGCUAAUAAAUGUUGGAAUCUC